ACUGCCCACCUCCCCUUUAUUUUCGCAAACUGGAAUACAAAAACCAAUUCCUCUGUCAUCAUCUCCUCCUACUCUACCCUACAGGCUACAAUCUCCAUCCCUACCCUACCUUCUCUCUCUCUUCCUUGCUUCUUCAUCCCUCAAUACAGGAAAAGCCAGCCAGGACAAGGGAGAAAAAAACAAAAGGAGAGAGAUUAAAGUGAUGAUAGUCACGUCUUACCCUCCAUAGACCUUCCUUGAAUCCAACUCUACUCCACAUUCAUUCCCAAAUCUUGGUCUUCCGUAAGACACCCACAAGAAAAUUCAAUAAAAAAAUCGAUUUAGAAGGGAAAAAAAAAAAGGAGAAAAAAAUAAUAAAGAUUGUGUCUUGCCCACAAAUAAUUGCCCAAUAUGACUGAGGUACUCCAAUCCCCAUCCCCAUCUCACUUCCCUUCACCUUCAAGCUCUUCCACACCCAAUGAUGGCUCACACCCACAUGCCCUUAUUAACGGCCAGACAAUAGAGGGGCAUUUGGGAACAGAGGAGGAACAAGAAGAGGUUGGAGGGGGAGACAGGAAAAGGAAGGAAAGAGACAGAGAGGGAGAUCAACUGUCUCUUUUGGCGCUUUUGGUAGCUGCUUUUAGGAAGUCUUUGAUUGGGUGUAGCACUGCUGGGUCAGGGAAGCUCUCAUCCAUGGAGAUUGGGUGGCCUUCCAAUGUCAGGCAUGUUGCCCAUGUAACCUUUGAUCGCUUCCAUGGCUUUCUUGGCCUUCCUGUUGAGUUUGAACCCGAAGUACCCAGAAGGGCUCCCAGUGCCAGUGCAAAUGUUUUUGGGGUUUCAACGGAAUCUAUGCAGCUUUCAUUUGAUGCAAGAGGAAAUAGUGUGCCAACAAUACUGCUGAUGAUGCAAAGGCGGCUGUAUGCACAAGGGGGCUUGCAGGCAGAAGGAAUCUUCAGGAUUAAUGCUGAAAACAGUCAAGAGGAGUAUGUUCGUGACCAAUUAAAUAGGGGUAUGAUACCAGAUGGUAUUGAUGUGCACUGCUUGGCUGGUCUUAUAAAGGCUUGGUUUAGGGAGCUCCCAACUGGUGUUUUGGACUCUCUCUCACCAGAGCAGGUGAUGCAAUCGCAGUCAGAAGAGGAGUGUGCUCAGCUUGUGAGGCUCCUUCCCCCAAUAGAAGCUGCUCUGCUGGAUUGGGCCAUAAACCUAAUGGCAGAUGUUGCACAACUGGAACACUUGAACAAGAUGAAUGCUCGCAAUGUUGCUAUGGUAUUUGCUCCAAACAUGACUCAAAUGGCAGAUCCAUUGACUGCAUUGAUGUUUGCAGUCCAGGUGAUGAAUUUUCUCAAAAAUCUUAUCGUCAGGACUUUAAAAGAAAGAGAAGAGUCUGUGGUAGAGUCGACUCCUGUUUCUCGCCUAGAGCCUUCUGAUGAAGAUGGUCAUCAAAGCUCUUUUCAAACAUGUCUCGAGGAGGCCGAAGAGGAGGACAAGGGGGAUGAAGAUAAAUUCUUUGCCGCCGAAGAACCCACAACAGAGAGCCCUAGUAACACAAUCCAAGGUGACUCCACAACUGAACGUGGAGCAGAAAAUUUCCCACCUUCUAGUCAAAUUGUCAAUCCUAGGGGGAAUCAUUCUCUGGUCGAUAAUUGCCCCUGUGAGGUUCUAUCUCAAGUUAAUUCCUCGGUAACUGGACUUGAAGAUGGUGGUUUAACAGGGCCAAGUGGAGGGGUUCGAACAAAUAUUUCCAAGAGCAAAACUAGCCUAUCAAGUUUGUCGAGCUUCAAGAGGGGGUCCAAAAAGGUGGGCCUGAUGUCUCGGUCAGGAGGUCCCGCAGAGAAGACCAAGGGACCCGGAAUUGUUGGGCGCAUAAACUCAAGGACAGAGCUGGUUGAAGCUUGGCGGUGAAGGGCAUCGGAAUGCUGUCCCCGGUAGGGUCGGGGAAUUGGCCAGCAGGUGAAACCAGUUGGCUUGUUGUGUUUUCACCUUUGGAAAUAUUCGUGUAUGAUUUCAUGUGUGCUUUUACACAGUGCUUCUGAGUGGGGUUUUUUGA